AUGGAUUCAACUAUUGAGUUCAUCCCGCCCACCGCGCUGGUGGUGCAGAGCAAACAUCUCAGCUAUUACAUCGCUUUCGGUGCUGCGCUAUUAGUCGCCUACCUCUUCCAGUCUGUACAGUCAACCAAGUCAAGACAAGUCGAGGCGCCAUUUUACAAAGCUUCCAAAAUGAAAUGGAUGUUCGAUGCAGAGAACCUUGUUCGCGAUAGUUACAACAAGUUCUAUGACAAAGUAUAUAAGAUCAAAGCAACAGAGGGUGUUCAAGUCUUAAUUCCUCCCAAGCUUAUUGGCGAAUUGAAAGGACUACCUGAAGAAAUCCUGAGCGCUCAGGAGGCCGUCAGUGAGGCGUUAAUGAGCAAAUACACCCAUUUCUGUCCCGGCCAAAACGGAGAAUUGUUGUCAGCUUUGGUCAGGACAAAACUGACCCAAAAUCUCGCCCGCUUGAUACCAACGUUGAAAGCCGAGAUUGAGUAUACAACAGCGACCGAAUUUCCCGAAUGUGAGGACUGGACGGCCGUGAAGGUGCAACCGUUUGCACUGAGAGCCAUUGCGAGAACGAGUGGCAGAGCCUUUGUCGGCCCGUCGAUCAACCGCAGCGAACCGUGGAUGGACACAAGCAUCAACUUCGCCAUCCACGUCUUCGUAGCUGUUGUGAAGCUGCAGUUCUUUCCAGCUUGGCUGCGACCAAUCGGGCGAUUUUUCGUGUCAGACCUCAAGCAAAUCCAGAAAGAUAUCGCCAGAGCACAGGACAUCUUACAACCCCAGAUCGAGGAGCGUCUUCGGGAUAUGGAGAUCCCUGGAUAUCAAGGACCUGACGACCUUAUUCAGUGGCUCCUAGAUACCCUUCCAGAAAAAGGGAGGACCGAUUUUAGAGCUCAGACGGAACUGCAGUUGAUUCUGAGCGCAGCAUCCAUACACACAACAAACAACUUACUUGUCGAUUGCAUUUACGAUUUGGCAACAGAUCCAGAAAUACAAGAUGAGUUGCGUCAAGAAGCAAUCAACGUUUUAGAAGGUGAAGAUAACGGGUGGGCGAGGAAGGACAGCAUGGCGAAGCUAAAGAAGAUGGACAGUUUCAUGAAAGAGGUGCAAAGAAUAUCAGGCAACGUCACCGGUUUCAUCCGCAAGGUCAUCCAACCCAUCAAGCUGUCCGAUGGCACGUACCUACCUCCUGGCACGAAAAUCCUGGCUCCCCAGGCCGGGGUUUCCCACGACGAGCGAUACUACCCUUCGCCGGACGAGUUUGAUCCUUUGCGCUUCUAUAAGAUGCGUCAGAGAUCUGAGGAAGACUGCAACCGGUGGCAGUUCUCGUCGAUCAAUGACACGAACAUGAACUUUGGCGCCGGCAAACAUGCUUGCCCAGGACGCUUCUUCGCUGGUAACGAGAUCAAGAUGAUUCUUGCAUACUUUCUCAUCAACUUUGAGUUCAAGCUCAAGGACGGUGAGGAGCGACCGAAACCUAUGAUGAUCAUGAUGUCAAAGACUCCGAACCCAAAUGGGGAAAUCAUGUUUAAAAGACGAAGCGUUAAAUCAUGA